AUGCCGCUGGGCCUCGCCGUCGGGCCCGUCACUGCCGCCUGCCGCCGCCGGAGGCCUGCUUCGACGGCCGCCUCGGCGAUUGAAGCCGCCGGCGGCCCGUGCGGCAGCCUGCCGCCUCCUGCCGGCCCGGCUGCCGCGGGCCACGCCGUGAGGCCAGGCGGCCAGCCCAAGUGCGCGCACUGCUCGGCCCCGGCUCGCACCGACUCGGCCGCCUGCCUGCGUUACCGUCUUCCGCCUGCGCCGACGGCGGCCCCGGCGGCCGCCGGCCUUAGCCGGGCGUCCUGCUUCCGCAUGUCCGGCCGACCGGCGUCCCGGGGUCGCGGGACUCUCACUGCGUCCAGGCUGCCGCCGGCCCGACUCGGCGGUCCUUCGUCCUCAGGCGCUGCCGUCGUCCCGUUCGGCCUGCAGUGCCUCCGCCGGCGGCACGGCAUACAGCCUGCACUCCUGCCUCUGCGGCCCUUCUGCCGGCGUGCGCCGCAGGGGCAUCCGGCGCUCCGAAGCGCCGCCGCCUGCGGCCCGGCGGCGCUGGCCUCCGAUGGGCGGGCCCGUCUUUCCUCCUGCUCCUCCGUCGGCCCGUCGCAUCCGGCCGACGCGGCGUCCGUCGUCCUAGGCUCCAGCAGCCGGAGGCCCUUGUCGUCCGACGGCCGUCCGCCGGCGGCCCUUCGGCCGCACGGGCCGCCUCCUGCGGACGGCGGCACGCCUGCCGCCGCGGGGCCCACGGAGGCGCCGGCCUGCUGA